UUUUGGCGGUGAGCUUAGUUGCUGGCGGCUAGCAGCUCGUUCAAGACGCAAAGCGCAAAACGCGAAACGCUUAAAGUUGCUGAAGUAUUGAGUAAUUUGCGCGCACAAGUUUAUGAAGUGAUUUAUUCUGAACUGAAGCAAAGUGCAAUUUAUUAAAAGUUAUAAAUAAAUAAAAAAAAAUGUUGUAAUAGCAGCGAGGAUGUCAAAUGUAUUUUGGAAAACAAACAAAGUUACACAAGUGCAUAAAUACAUAAAUAAUAAAUAAAUAAUAAAAAUUCUUACAUAUUAAAAAAAUAUUAAACAGAUAUUUUGAAACAAAAUAUUUAAUAAAAAAUAUUUAAAAAACUUUAAAAUAGAAUUUGGCUCAGAAAAGCCAGCUUGACGUAUUAAUUUUCUGCUCACCUGCGCCACAUUACACAUAACAAACGCUCACGAAAAUGUCUGCCGAUCAGGAGGUUGUUGUCGCCUCACCCGUUACGCCGCAUCCGCCGCCAAAAGAUCGCAGCCUAUGGCGUGAUCUCACCGCCUAUUGGAUACUGGGUCUGUGCAAUAAUUACGGCUAUGUGGUGAUGUUGAGUGCGGCACACGAUAUUAUUGCACAAUUUCAAGAUGAAACAGCCGCUGAUGACACCGUUGAAAAUGCAGGCGACGAUACGCGUAAGUGUCAUUUGAUAUCGACCGGCGCAAUACUGUUGGCUGAUAUUAUACCCUCGUUGAUGGUGAAAAUUAUUGUACCAUUUCUGCCGCUCUGGGUGAAUUUCAAAAUAUUGGUUGCUGUGUUGUUGUCAGCGACGGGUUUUCUGCUUGUAGGCUUUGCGAAUGCCGAAUGGAUGGCCUUGUUGGGUGUGGUUAUCACAUCGGCUAGUAGUGGUAUCGGUGAACCGACUUUCCUGUCGUAUUCGUCGCAUUUCAAUAAAAAUGUCGUCUCCACAUGGUCAUCCGGUACUGGUGGUGCUGGUGUAAUCGGUUCACUCUCUUAUGCUUCCCUCCGUGCACUUAAUGUCAGUCCACGUGAUACUAUGUUGAUCAUGUUGCUUUUCCCUGCGCUAGAAGCAUUCUCUUUCUGGAUAAUACUGCGCAAACCCACAAUAAUUCCGCUGACAAACUCAGCGCUCGAAUCAACAGAGGAAUUGGUGCAUGACGAAAAACCAUUGCGUGGUUUCAAAGAGAAGUUGAUCUACAUUAAAACUCUAUUUCCGUACAUGUUGCCGCUGGCAUUGGUCUACUUCUUUGAGUAUCUCAUCAAUCAGGGUUUGUUUGAAUUGGUCUACUUCGAGAACAGCACCCUGUCGCAGGCCUCACAAUAUCGCUGGUUCAAUGUGGACUAUCAAAUUGGUGUCUUCAUCUCACGCUCAUCGGUCAAUCUAUACAAGAUCAACAAAAUCUGGCUUAUGGCUGUCUUUCAGUUGGUCAAUGUUGCUUACUUCCUCACCGAAGUUAUAUACUUCUAUACACCAACUAUUUGGAUCACAUUGGUCAUUGUAUUGUGGGAGGGUUUGUUGGGCGGUGGCGCCUAUGUGAACACCUUCUAUCGCAUGUCUAAAGAGAUUAAGCCCGAACGCAGGCGCUUUGCUAUGGCUAUGGUCACACAAUCGGAUGCUUAUGGCAUAGCAUUGGCCGGUUUCUUGGCCAUUCCUUUGCAUAAUGCAAUAUGCUCGCUACCGGCUGGGUCUCGGAAAUUGGUGUGGUGAGCUAUAAACGUCACAAACCAGGGUGGGCUGAUUGCUUCGAGUAUAGUCUAAGUCAGUGUUAAGUUAGUAUUACUUAGAAUUGAUCAUUUUUGAUCACCAUUUGUUGUAUUAUUGCAUUAACUCGUUGUUAGAGUCAAAGGUUUCACAUGAAAUCCAAAAGCAUAUAAUUAUUGAGCAUGCUGUGCUUAAAGCUCUGAGGUUUACUUAGAAAACAACAGCAUACCUAUGUACAUAAUUUAGCAGAUAUUUUAUUCGACUUUAGUUGCCAAUAAAGGACAAUGUAAUUCAGGAAUUUAAUGUGUCAUAACAUACUGUUAUUAAAAUAAAUUAAAAUAUAAACGAUUUACAAAGUUUGCAGACUAGAGCUUUGUAGUGAAAGCUCUAUAUUUUGUGAAAGCUUGCAAAAGUUAUUAUUUAUAAAAUAGUUUGUAAAGAAAAAGAAACGAAAAUAAAGAAGUCACUAGCUAAAAUUAGUGAAAAAUUACAAAAAUGUGCGAGAAAA